GGCCACAGCCCGGCCGGGGGAGGAGGAGGAGGAGGAGGAGGAGGAGGAGGAGGAGGAGGAGGAGGAGGUGGAGGAUGGAGGAGGAGGAGGAGAUGCGGGCGGCGGAGGAGGGGCCCAGCACCCCCAAAAUCUACAAGCAGCGGGGUCCCUACAGCGUCCUCAAGACCUUCCCCGGCAAGCGGGCGGCGCUGGCACGGCGCUACGAGAGAGCGAUGGUGGAGGUGCCCCGGGGGCGCGCAGCGGGGCAGCCCUUCCCGCACGCCGCCGAGCCGCUGCCCUACCCGCCCUUCCCCAACGGGCCCGCACGCCCCGCCGCCGCGCACGGACACCCCCGCACGCCGGCACCGGGCUCCGCGGGCCGCUACGGCCCCUGCCCGCCGGGGGGAGCGGCGGCGGCGGCGGCGGGGCCGGCGGGGGGAGCGGGGGGCGGCGGCGCGGAGCUGAGCGCAGAGAGUCGAAUGAUUCUGGAUGCCUUUGCCCAACAAUGCAGCCGGGUUCUAAGUCUUUUAAAUUGUGGUGGAAAACUACUGGACAACAAUCACUCUCAGUCCAUGAUUUCUUGUAUAAAGCAGGAAAACCCAAAUUAUAGUGAAAGACAAGAGCAAUGUCAGCUUGGGAAAAUGGUCCAUAGUCAGACGUCAGACAUUUUAGACAUAGAGAUGCAGUAUAUGCAAAAGAAACAACAAACCUCAGCCUUUCUGAGAGUUUUUACUGAUUCCCUUCAGAACUAUUUGCUUUCUGGGAGCUUCCCUUCUCAGAACACCUCGUCAGUAAAUGAUUUUAGCCACUUGGCAGAUGUGGAUCCACUUUCAACCUCUCCAGUGCACACUUUAGGUGGAUGGACAUCUCCAGCAACUUCUGAAUCUCAUGGUCACCCAUCGUCUUCUACACUUCCAGAGGAGGAAGAGGAGGAAGAAGAAGAAGGUUACUGCCCUCGGUGUCAAGAGCUAGAACAGGAGGUAAUUUCAUUGCAACAAGAAAAUGAGGAGCUUCGCCGAAAACUGGAGAGCAUUCCAGUGCCCUGCCAGACUGUUUUAGAUUAUUUGAAGACUGUACUUCAGCAUCACAACCAGCUUCUGGUACCGCAGCCAACAGACCAUCCGACUGAGGGGAGCAAGCAGUUGCUGAACAACUAUCCUGUCUACAUCACUAGUAAACAGUGGGAUGAGGCUGUAAACUCUUCCAAGAAAGACGGACGGCGACUCCUUCGAUAUCUCAUCAGAUUUGUUUUCACAACCGAUGAGCUUAAGUACUCAUGCGGCCUUGGGAAAAGGAAAAGGUCAGUGCAGUCAGGAGAGACAGGUCCUGAAAGACGUCCUCUGGAUCCCGUAAAAGUAACAUGUCUCAGAGAGUUCAUUAGAAUGCAUUGUACUUCCAACCCUGACUGGUGGAUGCCAUCCGAAGAGCAAAUAAACAAGGUCUUCAGCGACGCAGUAGGACAUGCUCGGCAAGGACGUGCUGUGGGGACUUUCCUUCACAAUGGGAACUCAUACUAUGAAGGGACUGACCAUCCAGGAUCACAGGACGAAGUUUUCAAUAGAGGUAUGCAAGACGGAUCUGGUGAUUGACAGCAGUGAGAGGAAACUCAUGCAACAGUAGCAAGAAGUUAAUUUAGAAGAGACUAUUUGUUAAGCAUACUUACCCGGAAGUCAUUUAAGAGUCCAAAGCAUGUUUGAACACAUACUGCAUACAUUUCAGCUUCUCCAUCCUACCAUGUCCCAAAAGAAAUCCAUUUCAAGACCUGCCCUAUGGGACUUCUCAGUGCCUAUUAUUUGCAAACCCUUCAUAGCAUCCCAAGGGGAAACUGCAGUUCAUUCCAUUUAGUUCUAGAGGAAAGAUCAUUUAAAAAUUAUACAAAUUUCAAAAGAAACAACAGCUACCAUCUUGCCUGCCCAUUGGUAACAAGCCCAGGUCUGGACCCUCAGACAGAACAACUGGGUACUAUUUGCUUCUCCUGAGUAAGAGAUGUAAGAAUGAGUCCACGUGCAUGUGACAAAAAAAAAAUGGUUGCUCAUUUUUUAACAGCAAGCAGUAUAAUUAUAAAUGCUACCUUAAAACGCCACACGAGAUGGAAAAUUCAGGGACUUCCUUUAGCCAGCUAUGCCAGGAAAUUAAGCUUCCUGGAUAAAACAGCAGCGCUCAUCAACAACAGAAUCCUUCAAAGACCCAGAACAAUAACAGGCACUUCUAAUAGAUAAAAAUUGCUUUGUGUAUCGGAUAGACACUAUAUUUAUCUAGAUUUCUAAGGGAUUAGAGUUGAUCAUGACAGUUUUCAUUAAAAAAAAGAUUGCUAAAAACAAAUUGCCAUUUCAGAAG